AUGGAUUUCGUCAAAACAAACCCCCUGUAUCUCGGGGGCGCACUUGUGUGUGUCGCUCUGGCCACGUACAUAUAUCAAGGUCUCACAAACCCUUUAUCAAACGUCCCAGGACCGUGGUAUACAAGAUACACAACCUUAGUCUCAACAUACUUCGUCAUCACCGCCCACCACCCGGACUGGGUGCACGCUCUACACGCAAAAUACGGCCCCGUCGUCCGCAUCAGCCCGCACGAGGUCGACAUCUCCGAUCCGCCAACAUGCCAGCGCAUCCACAGCGUCAAGGGCGGUUUCCUCAAGUCGCCCUUCUACUCGCUUCUGAUCACCGACUCCUCCAGCGUCUUCAACGAGAUUCGACCAGAGGUACACCGCAAGUACAAGCGACUCCUGUCUAACCCCAUGUCGGAGACUGGGUUGAAGACGUUCCUGCCGCGAAUCGACGGCAAAGUCCGGCUCGCUAUCGAGCGCAUCCGCGAGGAGGAUAAGACGCGGGGUGCUGCCGAUAUCGCGAAGUGGUUCAUGUUCCUGUCGUUCGACGUCAUUGGCGACUUGACCUUUGGCGAGGGCUUCGGACAGCUUGAGAGUGGCGUGAAAAACCGCUCCGUCAACGACUUCGUCAGUCUUGGUUUCGUCGGCGGCCUGCGAUCCAUGUUCCCAACGAUAUCGUGGUUCUCUUUGUACCUCCCCAUCCCUGUCUUCAGGGACGCCACGAAGAUCCAGUACCGCACAUUCGACUACGCUCAGAGCGCGCUCGACCGUCACGCCAAGCGCGUGGAGGAACUCGGCGACGAUCCCAAGCCGACUGUGUUCUCGAAGCUGUACACCGCCGGUGCGGAGGACACCUGGUCACCGAUCGAGAUCCGAGAUAACGCCCAGGUCUUCAUCGUCGGCGGCAGCGACACGACAGCCAAUUCCAUGAUUUAUCUCAUCUGGGCAGUAUGUAAGCUGCCAGACGUCAAGGCGAAGCUUUUGAAGGAACUGGAGACUUUGGGCGAGGACUUCGGCUACGACGAAUUGAGAGAGCUGCAGUAUCUCAACUGGAUCGUCAACGAGACGUUGCGUCUGUACACAGCUCUGCCGUGCGGUCUUCCGAGGAUCGUGCCUGCGGGAGGAUCUGAGCUCGCAGGCCACUUCAUCCCCGAGGGCGCGACGGUGACGACGCAGGCUUACAGUCUCCAUCGCGAUGAGCACGCUUUCCCGGAUCCAUAUCGCUUCUACCCCGACAGAUGGGAGAACACGACCCAAGAAAUGAAGGAUUGCACCAUGCCUUUCGGAGGCGGUUCAAGGACCUGCCUUGGUCGUCACUUGGCGCGCAUCGAGCUUCGCUUGAUCACUGCUCGCUUCUUCCGAAACUUCCCGAAAGCGACGGUUUCUGAGCUGGAAGGCAUGUGUGAUAAGGAUAUGGAGCCUGCAUUGCACUUCUUGAUGGUGCCCAGCGGCCACCGCUGUCUCAUCAAGCUGAAUGGGUAA